GCUCCUCUUCUGGUUUAGUGUAAUGGUGUAGAGGGAUCUAUUAUCUAUUAGUACAAUAAUCAGUACAAAGGUAGUAGUAGUAGGUAGCUUUAUUUUACUCAUCACUCAUCAAUGACUUAGAGAGAACAAAAUAUGGUCCGAUUAAAAAAUAAAGAGUUCAUUCAUUUUAUAACAACAUUUAUUAAAAAUAUCCAAAAUUCAUGUGUAGACCGUUGUCGUAGGUUGUGAAAAAGAAAUUCAAAAGAAGGGGUACUUUUUAGGGUAUGAAUUUCGUCACCAUGACGACAAUGCUUGUCUGGGCUUACCCUUGUCUGCAUAUUACCUAUUAUCGAUAGUGUCCGUGGGUUAGUUAAUAAUUCAUUAAUUGGGUUAUCCAGAACCAGAAUAUAAAUGGGAAAUAUAACUAAUAAUAAAUCAUUUCAAACAAAAAAUAUUUGGCAAUCCUCUGAAGUCCGGUCCCAAAUUAUUUUUUAUGAAGAAAAAUUGCAAUGCACAGUGUCUAUUGUUAGAAGACAGCAGAAAUGUCAGUCAUAGCUUUUGCAAAUAACUGUCACUUUACAUACCAGUCAGUAAACACUUAAUGUUGUAAUUGGCGCAAAGAUUUGCAAAUAGCAGCCGAAAACGUUCUGGUUGUGACUGUUGCGCGACUGAAAGUGAAAGGUCCCAAAGUAGCUGGCAAACAGACCGCAACUAGUACCACCCUGAUAGUAGAGUUUACGUUUUGCUUUCAUCCAAAGUCCUUCAAUAGUUUCUGUGUGAAUGUCCUGGUCUACUGAAUCAACAAAUUUACGCGCGUGCACAAUGACAGCGUGAGCAUAAAUCCUGUUGUUGAGCUGAGCGACAUUUUGAUAUCCUCUCCAAGCGACCAUGGCGAUAGUUGCCCCUGGUAACACAUGAUUAGUGAUAAUGCGCUCGAGUGUUUGUGCAUUUCGACGGCCAACAACCUCCAUCCAACAUCGUCCACUACCACGCUCAACCAAGCCGACAACCCACUUACAAAUGCGUCGCUGUCCACGGUGAUAUUUUCUAUGGAAAAAGUAACUCUCAUCCAUCUCAAUGAAAACAGACUGGCCGUUUGCAUCAAAGCCUCCCAGUAGUUGAUUGGUUGUCAGCAUCAAUUAACAGCAUUUCUGGCGAAGAUAGUUGUUAUAGUUGGCAAUAGUGUCCCAACUAACGAGACUCUCGAACAACAUAAAUUGUUUACACUUGACUUCGUUAACCCAAUAAUACAUGAUCACAACUCUUUUUUCACUUGUUAGAUUGCAGUUGGCAAAGAAUGACCCGAUUCGAACACUACUGCGGGUAUUGCAUGGGUGACAUUGCCACGAAAAACCUUUGUUGCAUUCCGCACGAGCGACUAAUGCCAUUGGUCGCCUGCAUGUUCCACAAUUAACGUUGUUUCUGAUCAAGCAGUAUAGGGCCAGCCAUUCUAACCAUUCACACCUGUUUGACAUUACAGCAUACAACUCCCAUGGGAUACUUAAAUUCCACCCAGUUGUACUGCUGGCAAAAUAACCGAACUUAUCGGUGCGGCUGGUCUAUGUGCCAUAAAUAAACCCAUUUAUUGAAAUAAACGAAAACAUGAAUUCAAAAACAAAAUGAUGCCUAAGACUUUUAAGUAAGGAGUAAUCAUUGGAAAUAAUUUGGGACCGGACUUCAGAGUAUUGCCAAUAUUUUAUAACAUAAAUGCUUAUUAUUAUUGAAAUGGCUAUUCGGAACUGUGUCCCAGUGGUGAGAGGUUGGGAUUUAAAAAUACUUAACAUAUUCUUUUUGGGUUGUAAGACAAAAUUUGGUACUGGUAUCAAAUAAAAGAUAAUUAAAUGGAUUAUAUUUUUGGAAACUUACUUCUUCAGUUUAACUAAAAUAAACCAACAUAAAUGACAUAUGAAUGGCAUUGAGUCUAAAGGGAUGUCAUUUGUGGUAGUUUAUUUUAGUUUAUUUAUAGUCUUCAAAUUGAUGAGCACAAUUAUCCUGAGUUUCUGCGUGUGAAGUUUUAAGCUCAGGCAGCUGAGAUAGCAAGACAAUGUGUCCAUUCUCCUUUAAAGCACAACCCAAAAGACCACAUAACUACUACAUUGCGUUAGUGAGGAAUUUAACCCACUCUUUAGAUGGGUUCUCGUUUGAUAAAGCAAUUUAUAACUCUAAAUGUAUAUCGUAUUAAAUAUUUUGUCCAGUUAUAAAUUAGAUUUUCACCCUUAAUGAUUGUGUUAUUAAUGUCUCAUUAUACGGUGUUACAAGUUCAGUGGCUGCACAUUUUCUGGUUCCUUUUUUUUCUAUUUGAAAUAAAAUUCUUUUCUUCUUUCUUUGUCAAUUUUGUGUCAAUUCCACCAAUGACAUAAUGCUGAUCAGUGAGAAAUGUUCAGUCCUCAUCAAUUUUUAUCCGAUUUAGUGCAUUGGGGUGUGAAAUAUCAAAAACAGUGCUUAUUUUGUUCACAAACUCAGUUUCUUUUGCAACUUGAAGUUCACCACAAUGUGUUUUUUAUGCUGACAUACUUUAUGAUACUUGGUAAGUACUGCUUCUAACUUUCAAGCAACACUUCCAGUGACACUGGAAUUCAAGUUUUUCCACAAAUCAAUUUUUUUCUUCUCAAUGACAUGUUUUAUGGCACUUUUUGUUCUAAGUUAUUGGAAAAAAGGACAUCUUCAAACCAUCACUUAAAGUUGGCAGGGUAUGACCAUCAAAAUCAUUUAGUGGUUCUCUGAGGUGGUAAAAAGCCGCUUAAGAUUGGGUCACAGCCAUUAUUCACCUGUACAGAGAAUAGUGAGGGUUUGUGAGGCCGUACUAAAUGAAUCAUUUGAGCUGAUAUUUUGCUCAAGUACUCUGUACAUAAAAAGGAAAAUGAAGUACAUUUAAUUUUCAUAAAUUUUUAUUUUUCACUAAAUGGAUGCACUCCCUUGCUCAAUAAAAGAGCUUUUCAAAGCAUUUUUCCUUAUUUUCCAGGUCAAGAGAUGUAACUAAGCUGAGUAAUGACACUUCUUUGAGUACUGCAAUGACCUCUGGCACAAGUCACACCAAUGAGGCAAUAAGAGCAGAGCUGGAACUUGUGAAGCAAGAAGCUCCUGCCAUAGAAAAUGUCAGACUGAUUGCUGCUGUUCCAUCUCUGGUCAGGGCAGAAAUUAUGUAAGUAGCAACUCAAGAUGUAGAGUGUUACCUCCAAAGUGUCUGAGUAAACCACAGGAAUCUCACAUAAAGAAAAACCAACCCCCUAAAAACAAUGUUGUAUUUGAAUAUAGUAACUGAUUUUUUGGUACAGUACGGGAAAUUUUUUUAUCAAACUUAGUUUAUGUGGAACCUAAUAGACUAAAGAUUUAUAUUAUUAAAGCCUAAUGCGUCACAAAUUCAGAGCACAUAGCAACAGCUCCACACUGACUUAUAUCUCCAAAUCAAAACAUGCAACCAUUGAAUAAGUCAUGAACCCUCCAACCCCCCUUUUUUUUUUCUUCCCCACUUGAAAAACAGAUUUUUGGGGGUGGGAUAUGAGGAUUAAAAUUUACUAGAAAGUGUUGUCAUCUGCAACAAAUCUUAUGUGUUGAACUUCAGCUUGAUAGGUUGAUGGAAGUGAGUGGAUUAACCUUCGAAAGAUUUUACCUCCACAAAGAAAAAAAGAAACACACUUUACACUUUACACUCACUUUAAGUUAAUAUAAAGGAUUUAAAAAGAGGUUAUAAGAAACACAGGGUAUGGGAAACUUGAAAAAAAUAAAACAAAAACAAAUAUAUUGGCAAAACGCCUUCUUCAUGGAACAAUGAAAAUGAAUAAUAAAAAACUUACCCUAUAUGUUUUUUGUUGUUAAUGUUUUCUUUUUAAAAUUUGAAGUUAGAUGCAUACUGAAAUAUUAAAAUCAUAAUAUAUUCUUAUUUCUGCAAUCCGAUACCAUAGUUUAAUAUAUUUUUGUCACAUUUAAUAAUUGCCAAUAAUAUGAAUGUUAACACUGCAUGUUCUUGCUCUGAUCACAAAAUCAAGGGUGCCUAGAAUUGAACUGAUACAUAAUUUCUUAGCUCUUUAGAGGUCCUGACCCAACUCCUCAUUUGUUCACUUUACUCUCCUACACAUACACCUUCAUUACUUUGUCUGAUCUAUAUAUCUUGGGAUUCAUUCACUUUACUCUCCUACACAUACUUCUUCAGUACUUUGUCUGAUCUAUAAAUCUUGGGGAUGUUUUUUGUGAACUAAAUAAGUUAGCUUUACUCAAACUUGAUUUUGUUUUCCCUCCCUUCCAGGAAAACCAAGUACAAGCAGUUGACAGUGUCAUGCAUGUUUCAGCCAUCCUACCCCAAUGUGCCUGUUGUGACAGAACUCAGGUCAAAGACAUUGGCAGACACGUUCUUAGAUCGCCUCUCAAAAGUCUGUGAUGCCGAGGCUAAAAAGUUAACAGGAAGACCACAGGCGAGUCCCAUUUACUCUUUUGAAAUAAACUGUCAGCAUGUUUUUUAUCCUUUGAUCAAUGACAGUGAUGGAAUUUCAACACUGUUACCAUUGUAAAUCUGUCAUAUGUGUUGUGUCAACUCUUUAGCAAGCAAUGUUUCUAUCAUCUGUUAAAGAGCAGAUAGACAUUUAUGCUUAUUUUGUGUUCUGGCCCAGAGGAUUAAUUUAAUGGAUUGGAAAUCUGAUAACUUUGUAGAAUUUGUAAAAUGGGAUUUGGUUAUCACAUGUCCCCAUACUCACUUAAAAGGUUGUUGGGCUAUAAUUAGUUCUUUUUCAUCUUCUGAAGUUGUUUUUUUAAAUACAUACAGCCUCUUCACAGCUUUAUUCCCAACUCAAGGCAUACAAAGGAUUUUCAACGAGUCUUUUCCCAUUAUAAAGAAUAAUACAAUUUGCAAUGUGACAUUUUGAUUCCACAAGUUACAAAAUUAGUUCUAUUUGUCUCUUAAGUGUUGCUCUUUUAAAACUCGCCACACUCAAAAGUUUGUAUCAAAAGGCGUUAAGUUUCCUGUCUUUAAGGGAAGGACUAUGAUUGAUGGUUAGUCAAUUAUAAGUGUUACAUAAUUGGUCUGUUGAACCUUGCAGACCGUGCACAUCAUCAAGUUUGUAAAGACAUUCAUCGAAGAGAACCCUUUGUGUGUGUGUUCUGAGGAGAUUUCCCUACUGAAGAAACUGUUGACAGGGGAUCAUGAUGAGAUCAAGCUCAAACAAAAAACAUCUCAGAUAGCUGUGAAGGUUCACCAGGAGCUCUACUUCAUACAUCUCACACUGUCUGUACCUGAAACAUACCCACUCACACAAGUGAGGUGAGGCGCCUUUAGUGCAAUAAAAUUGUACACCGGGAUCAAUUGUUUAUUUCAUUUAUUAAUGUGUGGUUAUUAGAUUCAUAUAUUUUCUUCCUUGUAAGAAAUUUUGAUUCAAAUCAAUGUUUUAACAAAUGUUACCAUUGGUCUGAAUCCCAUUCUUUUUAAUUUUUUUAUUUAUAAUACUGCAUAUCAUUCAUGCAAUAUCAAAUUCUGUGACAUCAUUCUUUAGUUUAUAUACACAAUAAAUUGUCCUUUUUGAUGCAAAUUCGGUAUAUUGAAAAAACUUUUUGGAUAACUUUGCAGCCCUAAUUUUCACCAAUUUUGCAGCCCUUAUUUAUUUCUAAAUCAGAUGAUCUGAACAAUUCUUGAAAUCACCAAGUUAUCAUUUUGUACAUUUUUGUGUUUCUAUCCCUUAACUGUAAUUGGUUUAACUCCCUUCCCUCUCUUUUUUUCUUUAGUCUUCAAAUUGAUGAGCACAACUUUCCUGAGUUUCUGCGUGUGAACUUUCAAGCUCAGGCAGCUGAGAUAGCAAGACAAUGUGUCCAUCCUCCUUUAAAGCACAACCCAAAGUAAGUCAGUCUUAUUGAUACACCAUCAAGAAGAAAUCUGAUUUAUGAGAUGAUGCCAGAAGAAAUCUGAUUUAUGAGAUGAUGCCUUUUUCUGGCAUUUGGUCUAAUAGCUAGUCUGAUUAAACUUCUUUUUAAAAAAUUAGACAAUUUUAAUAGACAAUAAAAGAAUACUUUUCAGACACUGUAUACCGUAAUAAGAUUUACAGCAAAGGAGUGAUAAUAAUGUUAUGUUUUUUUACGUUUCUUCCCAUGUAACAUGCAUUACAUCAUUUUGGAUACCGUCCAAUAGUUUUUAAUAUAUCACAUAUUUGAACGUUGUUUUUAGAUGAUAAUUUUGAUAAAAUUUUUAGAUAAUAAACUGAUCAAAGCUAACUUUAAAUGGAUCAGUGGGUUUAAUGGAUUUGAGCAUAAGUUGUAAACAAAGAUCCUGAAAGACAAUACCAUUGUGAAUGUGUGAAAUUAUUUUUUUAAUAAAGAUGUAGGUUUAAAAUUUUAAAUAUCAUUUGAAGACAAGAACAGGUCAUUGGUCACAUAUAACUUAAUUCACUCCUUAGCAGCACAAGACCAGAUGAUAAAAAAAAUGUGCUCCCUCUGCAGAUAUCCAAAUAAGACAAUAACGCAUAACCUCUUUCACUGCCCGGUACCUUAUGACUUACACCUAAUUUACCUGCCAAGGAUACCAAACCACACCAACACCAAAUACAUUGGCAAGUAGAAGCUGCAGAAAGGUUGCAAGUUUUUCAGCUUGUCCUGGGAGCCGAAGGGCACAUGCUUCAAGUGGCUGCUGGAUCUGGAUGAUGAAAGGAUCAACAUAUAACUAACAUUCCAGUUGGGGGAAAAUACGGAAAUUCCUGCAGAAUCUGUGAUGGUGCAUGGAAAAAGCAGCAGAAAAAGAAAGAAAAUGGUGAAGAAGGAAACUAUACAAAAGCUGGGACCAAUGUACUCUUGAUGAAUGAAUUUGUAAUUUCAGAAAAGCAGCUCGAGGGUACAGCUAGUUUAAGUUGAUUUUUUAAAGUUAAACUCUAGAUUUAGAUUAGUAGCAGACAAAUUAAAUUCAUAUUAAAUUGAAAAUACUAAAUUCUUCAUGAGCAGCCCAUGAAUGGGCUUAAAAUAAAUAUUGUGUUUUUAUCCUCUUUAAUUUCAAUACUUCACUUGGUUUAUCUCACAGAGACCCACCUUUCAAACCCAAGUCCUCUGUGUUGCCCCUCUGUCAAUAUAUCAUCAACUGUGUUAAAACUUACCCUCUGGAAAAAUGCCCGUUGUGUCUAGAAAAAGUAUUACCUGCUGAUCCAAAGGUAAGCCACCCGAUGCCCUUCACCUUCUCAACAAAGUACGGUACCGGUAAUUAAAACUUUUUUUUUUUGUUGUUGUUGUUUUGAAUAUAGAAAUAAUUUUUAUGUUACAUUUGAACAAAUUAUUAUAGUUGACUCACAGAUAUUUUCUAUUAUUUUUCUGCCUUGUUUUUUUUUAAAAUUGUAAUUUAAUAUUUAAUUAAAAAUUAAAAUAAUAAAUAAUAUAAUAAAUAUAAUUUGCUACAUUUUUUGAGUUUCACUCCCUAAAAAAAGUAUGUAAUAAUAUAUUCCCACAAUUUGAUGUCCUCAGAAUGAAUGUGCUACUAAAGGGAAACAAAAAACUGUUAAAGUUUACUGUGGUCAUCUUUUCCACUACAUUUGUUUAAAUGGCUACAUGAAAACACCCCCGUUUUCAGGUUGGUCACUGUUUGAAAAUAUGUUUUAGAAAUUUUUCAUGCAAUACAUUUUAGAUAUAUCUUAAGCAAUUUGUUUUAGAUAUAUCUUACAUGCAGUAUUUUUAGGGUACUUUGUGUAUAUUUAGUUAUAUUAUUAUUUGAUAUCGUUAAUAUUAUGCUAUUUUGGUAACAUUCUGUCUGGAAAAAAAAGUGAAAUUCCUUCUCCUUAAGGAUCAGAUGUGAUUUUAAUUUUAUGAAAUGUUAGCUGUUAGAAAAAUUGAAUAUAUCAGCUCAGUGUCUGUGUAAAAAAAAAAGUAAAUCUCAACCCCAAAAAAGAGAUCAAUGAAUCCUAGCAUAAAAAAUUUAAAAAAAUCGGGUACCCCUAAUUAUAUUUUUUUAUGUAUUGUUUCAGAGGGUAAAAAAUGUCCAGCGUGUAGUAAGCAAAUAUUUCAUGAAAAGUGGAAAAUUGCAGCUGAAGUGAUGGAGAACAGAUGGGCUCACAAACAAGCUAAGCAGAGAGAGUUGGAAGAAGUUGUGGAUUUCUUAGAUUAGCAAAAAUUGACAUUCAGUUUUGUUUUGAAUUUGUCCUAUAAUUGGGCCCUGGUGAUUGCCACUGUUUAGUGUUGAUGAAAUCCAAUUAUUAGAUUCAGCAUCUUUUAAAGAUGGACAGUGCAGACUUUGGGAAAGCUCUUCUGUUUGGUAUGUUUUGUUACUGAAACCACUCUAAUCCUACAGGCCCAGCAAUCAAUACAAUGACAUAUGCACUCAAUACAUGCACGCAAGUCUGUGCAUAGGAUUUUUUGGCCCAGAGGAAAUCCAAAGUUUGGGUCUCUCAAAAUUCCAAAAUAAUCGUUUUUUUUUUUUUUAUUUUUUUUUUAUUAUUAUUUUUUAAUUCUGCCCUUGGAGGCCCCCCUGUGAAGGAAGGGCCCUGACUGAUUGACUAGGUUGUUUGGGCCUCUGCACGGCCCUGCAUGCAAACCAUAUUUGUAGAAUUAAAAAUGCUCUUGCUUUGUGCAAGUGUUUUUUUUUUAGGUUGAAUCAUUUACAAUUUAUGAUGUAGGAAAUAGAUUUAAUAAUUCAUUAACAAAUGUGGAAUUAAACUAAAAAUCUCAAAGUGGAUGAGACUGUUUACACUUUUUCCAUGUUCACCACAAGUUGGUAUUGUUUCCCCUUGCACUUGAUUACUUCCCUUUUAAUUCAACAAGUGACUUUAUAAAGCCUUACCAUGAGCAUGCUACUAUCUGUUCUUGAUUUGCAGCUAGCACAAAGUGAUUAUUUUAAAACUGAUAUAACAUGUGAGCUUUGCAAUUUUAUCCAGACUUUGAUGUGUACAUGACUGUGAGGGAAAUAUCCUUCUCUGAAUGUGAUUCUGUGUAAUGUCAUUAUUUUUAAUCACAUCUUGAUAACUACAUUUGUUGCCCAAAUCAAGUUAUCAAUAACAGCCACAAACGCUUAGUUUAGUUCUUAAGUGUUCCAUCAAUGAAGAAGCCUUUUGUUUUGUUACUGUAGUCAUAACAGUAGUCACUUGACAGAAGUCUUAGAAUCAAUUUUCAAAUGAUUUUAUAAAUCAUUUAUAAUCAAAUCCAGAGAAAAGGAAAAUGUAAUUUAAAACCAAUCACAUUUCUGUGUAAAGAUUAUAAACAAGUGUUUAGUAACAUUGAUAUAAAGGUUUUAACUGUUUGUCCCGCAUUUAUUAGAAAUCUCAGAUAAAACCUCACAAAUUCCACCGCUGUUACAUGCUUCAUUACUUGCCUGAGAUGGCUGUCAUUUUUAACAACAACAAAAAACUGAUCAUAUAGCCAGCCAACUGGAAUCAAAUGUUUGGAUAAAAAAUAUAAUUUAUUUUAUUGAUCCAAAUAUUAAAAUCUGACAGAUUUGUUGUAUAGAAAUUAUUAUUUAAAAAAAUAAAAAACAUGAUGUGAUGUAUCAAUUUAAUAAAAACUGCAGAUCACUAUACUAUGUAUUUAUAAUAAUUUUCUCAAACAGUUUUAUUAGCUCUAUUCAUGCACAUUUUUGUAAUAUAUCAACUGACACUGAGGUUGCUUUUUAUAAUUUAUGCUAGACAUGUUGUAUUUGACAUCAUGAAGAUGUUAAGAUAGUGAGGCAUGUGGAAAAUAUUCAACGCAAAUUUGAUUUUCUGAAAUUCCGAUUGAACAAAAGCAUCAUAUGUUAUAUUGCACUUGGUAUAAAAAAAUGUUAAAUGCUGUCAACUGAAGUUACCUCUGUGAGGAAAUUGAGUUUUGAUCCAAAUUGUUUCAAUAAAAUUUUAACAAUU